CUUCUCCAAAUCCUCUCCCCCAUCCAUCCUGCGUAUAAAAAGCCACACCCUGAGGAUGUGAUGAUCUGAAGCUUCCAUAAAGCAUUGCAGAAGCCACAUCUCUGUCUACCCUGCACCAUGAGCUCUGUAGCCGUCCUGCUGCUGUUGCUGUCUGCUGGGCUGCAAUCAGCUUUCUCUCUGGAAUGUUAUAACUGCAGCUACUCUAUAAAGGAUGAUUGUACAACUGCCAACAUGUGCAGCAAUGAGAAGAAUCGAUGUGUCCUGACUGUCACCGAAAGCAACAUAUCAACUGCCACACCAACCAAGUACUUCAGCUAUUCCUGUGGAAUGAAAGAUGACUGUGAUAAGAAAUUCAGUAUGUCCGUAACUAACACCAUGCAAAGAAGCUAUACCUUUUGCUGUUCUGAACACAAAUGCAGACCUACAAACACUGAAACACCUAAAGUAAAAACAGAGAAAAACAAUCUCAAAUGUUCCCACUGUUUUGAGAGCAACACUGACAAAUGCAAGAAUACGACAGAGGUGGACUGCACAGGCGAUGAGGACAAAUGCUUCACCUACUCCUACUCAUAUAGAAACACCGCCUUCGUAGCGCGAGGCUGUAUGCAGAGCAGUAUGUGUGACACCAAAAAUGUCCUUAUAUUUCCUGGAAUUCCUAAUUACACCCAGAAGUUACUUGAGUGCAGCGGCGCGCCCUCUGUCCUCCCGCAUCUGCUGGGCCCAGUAGCCUAUGGCUUGGUGUUGCUCAAACUCAUCUCCUAAACUGAGCGCCAGGAAGCAGUCUGGAGAUUUCAGAUGAGCCAUACUCAGAGGGGCCCCGCGGUGCAUUGCAGAGCAAGGUGUACCUACACACAGUAUACGAGCAGAGCAAUGCAUGUCUAUACACUGUGUAUAUUUGCAGAGCCAUGUAUAGCUAUAUAUCUGGGCAGACAUAUUUAUAUCCAUAUGUUAUGUAUGUGCACAGCAUACCUAUAUACAGAAACUCAAGCAGAGCAACAUAUGUUACAUACAGAGACACAGGGAACUCAUAUCAGUUAUAUGAUCUGUGUGCAGAGCAUUGCAUGGCUUUGUUAGUGACAAACAGCUACUUCCUGUUCCUGGCAUCAAAAGCACCCACAAGGCUUUGCAAAUAGGGCAUAACGGUCAAACCAGGAAGUGAAGGGGCACUGGGCGGAGCUAAAUGAGAAUCACUGUGAAUUCCCCAAUCAGUGCAUUGAAAAGGUUACAACUGUGGCCCCAAUCUUCAGAACACAAACGGGGGCUGUUAUUAACAGAAGGACGAGGUGUCGUCUGUAACCCCAACACGAUAGAUGAUGAAGCCGCAUGUCUCAGAUUUAAUAAAACAGUUACGUCCCCCCUGAUUGGGGCUUAGCACUAUUUACUAAACAUUGCCCUCUUCUCCGUGUUUCGUUUUCACUCUAUAUCGUAGCUGUUAACUGCAUUCAGCUGAAUUUUUUCUCUCCACUGAAGUCAAUAAAAACUUUUUUUUGUAAUAAAAAA